AUGUCCCUUGUACUUCGUGUUAUUGAUGAUGAAAAAAUAAAAGAAUCAAAUUAUUUCAUUGAAGAAUAUUUAUUGGGCUUGAUUGGAUUACGUUCAUUUGAUGCUACAUCACUGGCAGAUACCAUUGUUAAUAUGUUGAAAACAUUUGAUGUUGAUUUAACUUUAUGCAUCGCAUUAUGCUUUGACAGUGCCAGCGUAAUGACUAGAAGGAACACAGGUGUACAAGCCAUUUUACUUAUUGCCGAUGUAUGUAUUUCAACAACUUAUGUUAGUGAAUUUUAUUCAAUCAUUAAAAAGAUUCAUAAUUACUUCACAGUUUCAGGUGUUACUAACAAAUAUUUUCGUCAAGCUCAAACUGAAUUACAAUUCAUUCAUACAAAUCUUAAAUUAUGGGCUGAUGUCCGUUGGGACUCUCAAUGGACAUCUAUUGAUGCUAUUUUGCAGAAUUAUGAAGUUAUUAUUUUGGCUUUCAACGAGCUGAUUGCAGAUGGUGGUUCUAUAGCUAAAGUACUUGAUUAUGGUAAAGCACAACAAUUAAUUCUAUCCGUAAUUGAAGAACUUAAUUCUGCACGAGAUGAAAAAUCUUUUCAACAAUUAUUUCAAUUAGUAAUCAGUUUUUGUGGAAGAAAAUCAUAA